AUGCUGCCGGGAUGCAGUAGGCUGCGGCGCCCGGGCAUCCCCCCUUCCUUCCCCGCCGCGAUGCUGCUGCUGCUGCUGGGCGCGGGGGCCGCGCUGUUCUGCCUGCUGGACGCCUGGUACCUGCUGCGCCUGCCCCUGGCCGUGCUGCACGCCCGGUGGCUGCAGCCCCGGCAGCGGGACGUGCUGCAGGAGCAGAGCUGGCCGGGCCUGGUGCUGCCCUCGGACCUGGACUGGCUGCUGCACAUGAACAACGCCCGCUACCUGCGCGAGGCCGACCUGGCGCGCUGCGCCCACCUGGCGCGCUGCGGGAUCUUCGACGCCCUGCGCGCCCUGGGGGGCAGCCUGGUGCUGGCCGCCUCCUGCGCCCGCCACCGCCGCCCGCUGCGCCUCUUCGAGCGCUUCGCCGUGCGCACCCGCCUGCUGGGCUGGGACGCCCGCGCCUUCUACCUGGAGCAGCGGUUCGUGAGCCCCCGCCACGGCUUCGUCUGCGCCCUGCUGCUCUGCCGCCUGCACGUGGUGGGCAGCAGCCCGGGGCGCCUGGUGCAGCACCUGUGCCGGAGACAGGAUGUUGCCUGCCAGUCCCUAGCACAGCUGCAUUAUCAGUUGGAGCCUCCUUCCUUGGGUUUCAUUAUUCUGAGCUAUGACCAUUUGUUAUCUGAGAUUGAUUACAGUCUGGAAGGGCCGCCUGUGCCCUCAGAGGACCUUCCUCACGUGUCCAUCUCAAGGGGACCCUGUGAGAGGAACGAACACCCGUACGGCCCAUGA